CAUCGCUCGUUUCCAUGAUAUGGAGGAAGUGUACAGAGUGCAGGCAGUUAUAACCGCCUUGGUGCUGCUGUCAGGUCGAUGCUGUAAGCUGUUAUAGCCACUUGUCGUUUGCUAGGCUACAAUGCUAUCACCAUCUGUGGACAAUCUGAGCUGCUGGCAGUGAAUUGUUGGAGAAAUAGAGUUCAGUUAAACCAUGAAGACCAGUAAGUCCUAUAAGCUUGUGCUGCACAAGAAAGGUUUCGGUGGAAGCGACGACGAGUUGGUUGUCAACCCAAAAGUUUUCCCUCAAGUCACUUUGGGGAAUAUCAUUGAGAUUGCACAUCCCACCGAUGAAUACAGUCCCCUCCUGCUGCAGGUGAAGAGCCUAAAAGAGGACCUACAGAAAGAGACGAUCAGUGUGGACCAGACUGUAGCACAGGCCUUCAAGCUGCGUGCAUACCAGGAUGUCAUCGUCAACAUCGUCGACCCUAAGGAUGUAACGCUGGACCUGGUGGAGCUGACGUUCAAGGACCAGUACAUCGGCAGAGGAGACAUGUGGAGACUGAAGAAAAGCCUGGUGAGCACAUGUGCUUACGUGACCCAGAAGGUUGAGUUUGCAGGAAUCAGGUACAUAAAUGACUUCACAGCGCUGUUUGUAAGGAAGCAACAGAUGUUGUGUCGCUAACUUCCUGCUAUCAGACAGUCUGCUGCUGUGACACAGGUGGUGUUCAGAUCUACGUCUGCCAUGGUUUACAUCUUUAUCCAGAUGAGCUGUGAGAUGUGGGACUUUGACGUCUAUGGGGACCUCUACUUUGAAAAGGCUGUCAAUGGUUUUCUGUCUGACCUUUUCACCAAGUGGAAGGAGAAGAACUGCAGCCACGAGGUGACGGUUGUGCUGUUCUCACGCACGUUCUACAACGCCAAAACAUUAGAGGAGUUUCCAGAGAUCCUCAGAGGCUCCAUCAGAGAAGACCACGAGGGACGCUUCUAUGAAGACUUCUACAGGGUCGUAGCGCAGAACGAGAGACGGGAUGAGUGGACGUCGAUGUUGGUCACUAUCAAGAAGCUCUUCAUCCAGUACCCAGUGCUGGUCCGACUGAAAGAAGCAGAUGCUUUUCCUGUCGGUUACAACUCCACCGCUGCCCAAGGCAACUACCUGGAAGCCAUUAACCUGUCGUUCAAUGGUAGGUGCUGCUGCAGCUUCCCUGUAAUGUCUUACACGUUUUGUUGUCGUUUAAAGCUACACAACAGGACACCACCCGGAGACUCUGGUGUGGGUGACGACUACAACCUUCCUCACUGGAUCAACCACAGCUUCUACACGUCCAGCAGCCAGAACUCGUGCGGUUCCUUUACCCCUCGAAUCAAACUUGCUGGCCAUAAGCUUCAAGCAGAGAAGUUCAAGAGCAGCAAAGAGCACACUCUGUGUGUGCCGAAGGACUGUGACAACGCGCUGCCCAUACAGGUGGACUACGACGCCUACGACGCUCAGGUGUUCCGACUUCCUGGUCCUUCACGAAUUCAAAGGAGCACAAACUUCAGAAUGGCUCGAGACAAAGACAGCGGGAGGAAGAGCUGGGGCUCGGUGGACGUCAGCACGGGCAUAGGUGCAUCCCCGCCGGUUCGCUCGGGAGGUCCCGACGAACAACGAAGCCUGGCCUCUGACGACAGCCUGGGGCCCGUGUCCAACAUGCUGCUGAUACCCCGCAUGCCUGCUGCUCAGUAUGAAGUCAGCAGUUCUUUGGGAUACACCAGCACCAGAGGUCCUUCUGGGGAGGCCAUCCAGAUCCAUCAUCAGACCAGGCAGAACAUGGCGGAGCUGCAGGACAGCCAGCAGAGAGACCCCGCCCACACCUCUGCGGAGCUGCUGGAGCUCGCCUAUCACGAGGCCACCGGAAGGCGAAGCACCUCCCGCCAGGCAGGAGACAACGGCCUCUAUCCCGCUGCAGGAGGGGAGGAGUUCACGGGAAGCCCGGGGAGCAACAACAGUGGUGAUACAGCUGCUGAACUGGCGGCUGAGACGAGCGAGGCUGCAGACCGAGGAGUUCAGCCCGGAGCAGCGGCGCCGCCUGCUGGAGAAGCUGCAGCCUGCAGCACCGACGUCAGUGGGCAGUCUGCAGCAGGAGUCCUCUCUCUGUCCUCUUCCUCCACACUCAUGGAGAUCCUGGAAGCGAUCAAACAUCCCACGACGGGCGUACAGCUUCUCCCAGAGCAGAAGGGCCUGCCGCUCAACUGCUUUAUCAGCGCAGAAGUGGUUCAUUGGCUGGUCACUAACGUGGAGGGUGUGGCCACACAGGGGAUGGCUGUGGAUAUCAUGCAGAAAAUGUUGGAUGAAGGUUUGGUGACGCACGCCUCGGGGGACGCCAUGCGCACCUUCGUCUACGGCUUCUACUUCUACAGGAUAGCGGGCGAGAAGGACGCCGUCUCCCCUGUAGGCGCCACCCCCCCGCUCUCCACCGCUGCAGGCGGGGGCUGGUCCACUGCAGCGCUGGAGGAUUUCUCCCUGUUCCAAAGGAAGUGGUUCGAGGUGGCCUUCGUGCUGGAGGAGCGGCGCCCCUGCGACCUCCCGGCCUUCCUCCUGCCCUGGCUGCCCAGCCGGCCAGCUUCCUACGCAAGUAGGCACAGCUCCUUCAGCCGCAGCUUUGGAGGACGCAGCCAGGCCGCCGCACUGCUAGCUGCUACAGUUCCGGAGCAGAAAACGGUCACUCUAGACGUGGACGUCAACAACCGCAGUGACCGAACUGAGUGGUGCAGCUGCUAUUACCACGGCAACUUCUCCCUCAACGCUGCCUUUGAGAUCAAGCUGCACUGGAUGGCCGUCACUGCUGCAGUGCUCUUUGAAAUGGUAAGAACGUACCCACUGUGUCUGUGGGAAGCUGACCAGUUUCACCGCCUUGUUUCAGGCACCGUGUUCCUGCAGCUGCCGUACGCUAAGAGGAAGUAUUCGAGCGGGCAGCAGCGGCGCCGUAGAAACUCCACCACCUCCAACAGCCAGGGCCCGUUCGGAGGAGAGGAGAGGGUGGGCUACUACUGGGCCUACAACACCAUGCUGACCAAAGCGUGGAGAACCGGCGUGCUGGGCGACGAGCGGCUGGCCGACCGGCUGCUCAGAGACUUCACCGACUUCUGCAGCAACAAAGACAACAGACUUCAGAGCUUCUGGGACGGCUGCCAGGAGAAGAUGAACGCCAGCGCUCCCUGAAGCUGCUGCUGGCAGCUCUCAGCCUCACAACAGCAAUAAAACUGCACAACUCAAAGCUUCGUGUUGUUUAUCACAGAUUUCACUUUUUGUUUGUUUUUACAUUUAAUCGUUUAGUUUUUCACAUUUUGUUUUGUGGACGUGAUUCCUUUAUUUUGGGAUUUCGUCCCAUAGACAGAGGUGACAGCACCUCUGUCAUAGAGCUCUCAUCUAUAAAGAGCUCAGCAGCAGCGCCUACAUGUCAGCAUCUGUGGUGACACUGGAGAGAUGGAGGAACCACCAGAGCCGUUUGCUUGGGUGUUGAUGGAGUACAGGAACUGCACCGUCUAUAGAGAAACACAGGAUCGGAGCUACGAGAAGAGCUGUGCUCUGCAGGGACAGAAGCUUGUGAAAGUGUUGGGCACAGACGGUGCUGAGGUCUACAGUCAAAGGUUUUAGGGUGGAGCCUCUGCAGUGGUGAUGGACAGCUGGUGUAGGAGUUUGUGAACUAUUAGGUGAGACUAAGGUGGCAGAGGUGGAGGGACAGAACGACAAAGGAAGCUCAGCAGAAACAGGAUCCGUGUGUGAAGGUGGAAUGAGAAUAGCAACAGUUCAGGUUGCACUUUGAUGUGGACAUGAGCGGAGGAGGGAUGGAGCAGACGGAGCUGCCAGUCAGAGCAGAAACAGGGUGUAGGUGUGCGUGCCACUCAUCGAUGGUCCACGCUGCACCGUGUUGUGAUGUGAAGAAGUGUGUUUGGUGCUGGACACGUGAAGACAGACUCAAAGCUAUGAUCACAGCUGGGGCUGCCACGAUUAGUCGACUAUCAAAAUCGUCGACGACUGAUU